GGGGACCGCGUGGGCUCAGAUGCUCACGCUACGCACCAAUCACACCAUUAAAGGCUAAUUUUCUAAUAAUAUAGAGCAAAAUAGCCACCACUUAAGUACUUCCGUAGAGCGCGGCCAUAUUUGUUGUAUGACGCACGUUUGCGUUCUAUUUUUGAAUUUUGCCGCGAGAUUUUAAAUUGAGAAUAGAUUAAAUGUAUUUUUCGGGGGCAACGGUUGUGGUGUAUUCAGUUUGUGGAAAGGAGUUUGCAUAACGGGAACCGUAAGUGCUCAGAUACUAUCAAAGUGGAUCCUUUUGUGAAGAGAAAGAUGAAAAUAUUUAAGAAGAAGAUGCGUUUCUCGAUAGCUCCGAGCUACGUUUAAGAAGGACACUAUUAGUGAUUAACUACGUAUUUAUCCGGGAUAUUUAAAUACACAUAUCAACAGCGAGAUUUUAAUAUAACUGACUUAUCAAUAAAGAGUCACAAUGCAUCGAGGAAGCUGGCGCCACAUCGUUUGUUCUAUCUUACUUGUUAUCAUCAGUACACAUGGCAUCAACUCGCAAACAGAAUCUACAGCAGAAGAUAAUGAAUCAACCACAGUUGGUCUAAACUCAGAAAAUACUGAAAGCGUAUCGGCAAACCUAGAAGACGUCAGUUUAGAUAAUGACCAGCAGUCCAGUGUCCAAAUAAAGAAAGCUGAAGGUUUAGAGAGCGCAUCCAGGGUAAUAAUGCCAGUGAAGCCUAAUAUAUCUCGCAACGACGUCAGUUAUGCUAGCAAAGAAAAUGUACAGAGACACCCAGUUGAAGAACUGGAUGAAGAAUUAGCUAAACAGAUUCUAAGUAAAUACGCAAUGAAGAAAUCAAAUAUCAGAGCUCACGUGCGAUAUGAUGAAGUGACAGGUGAGCUAGUUGGUGGAGCACAUCCAUGUGAACGGGAAUGUAAAGAAGGGGAGGAACCUAUGGUGUGUUACUACCAUUUCAACCUAGAAUGGUACCAGACUAUGAGUAAGGCGUGCUACAACUGCCCAUUUAAUGAGACAGAUUGCUCGCGUCCUGACUGUAUCCCCGCUGAUGGAAUGAACAGGGCAUUGAAUGUAGUCAACAGGAAGAUGCCAGGACCAGCGAUCGAGGUUUGCCAGGACGAUCGAAUCAUAGUAGAUGUGGAAAAUGACUUGAUGACUGAAGGCACGACAGUUCACUGGCACGGGCAGCAUCAGAGAGGGACUCCGUAUAUGGACGGCACGCCGUACGUCACGCAGUGUCCAAUAUUACCUGAGACUACUUUUAGGUAUCAAUUCACCGCAAGGCACUCUGGCACGCAUUUCUGGCACUCUCACUCCGGCAUGCAGAGGGCUGACGGUGCUGCUGGGGCGUUUAUAAUACGGAAACCCAAGUCCCAAGAGCCUUAUGAGUCUCUGUAUGACUAUGACAGAUCAGACCACGUGAUGAUAGUGACCGACUGGAUCCAUCAGCUGGCCGUGGGGAUGUUCACCGACCACCACCACUCUUCAGGGGAUAACAAGCCACCGACACUUCUCAUCAACGGCGUGGGACGCUUCAAGAUCUUCAAUAAUGAUACUGAGAAACCGGUGUACAUGAAGGCUGCUAGGUUUAAUGUUGAACAGGGUUAUAGGUACCGUUUUCGCGUGAUCAACGCGGAGUUUCUUAACUGCCCUAUAGAAAUGUCUGUGGACGGACACAACAUAACAGUCAUUGCUUCGGACGGCUACGACCUGGAACCUAUUACUGCAACGUCACUUGUAACCUACGCUGGCGAGCGCUACGACUUCAUAUUGGAUGCAAACAACGAGAUAGACAACUACUGGAUCAGGUUCAGAGGGCUUAUGGACUGUGAUGAAAUCUACACGAGAGCAAAGCAAGUCGCAGUGCUGCAUUAUGAAGGCGCAAUGGAUUUGGAGCCGCCAGGCGAUCCUUCUUGGUUCGAGCUGCAUAAUGAAGGACUUCAAUUAAACGCGCUGAACAAAGGCGAAGAAGAGAACGAGACCAUAAGCGUGGCGGAGAUGAGAUCUCUGGCAGGAUACGACGACAGUCUGAAGGAGAUAGCAGAUUACCAGUUCUACAUAGCUUACGACUUCUACGCUAAGAAUAACUCGCAUUUUCACAGGUCACCGUAUUACGGGUAUUACCAAGUGCCCGAGCAAGUCAAUCGCUUGUACACGCCUCAACUCAACCACAUCAGCAUGAAGAUGCCCACCAGCCCGCUUCUAAUAACCAGACCUUCACCAGAAAACUUCUGCAACGCAUCUAGCAUCGACGAGGGCUGCAAAGAAGGUUACUGCGAAUGUCCUCACGUGCUAUCGGUGAAACUUAAUGCUAUAGUAGAAGUGAUCAUCGUAGACGAAGGAGUAACGUUUGACGCAAACCAUCCUUUCCAUUUACACGGACAUAGUUUCAGAGUUGUGGGUCUAAGGAGGCUAAACAGAACAACGACCAUUGAAGAAAUAAAAGCGUUUGACGAAGCAGGGCUGCUGAAAAGAAAUCUAAAGAACGCUCCAAUCAAAGACACCGUCACUGUUCCUGAUGGUGGUUAUACAGUGAUCAGAUUUAAAGCUGACAACCCUGGUUACUGGCUGUUCCAUUGUCAUAUAGAAUUCCAUGUUGAAGUUGGCAUGGCUCUUGUUUUUAAAGUAGGUGAGCAUAAAGAUAUGGCGCCGUUGCCCAGGGAUUUUCCAACUUGCGGGAAUUAUAUGCCUGAUGAUAUGUCGUUGCAAACUGAGAAACCAAAGGAGGAGAAUCCUGUGAUUUCUAUAUCGCAAUGGUGGCCUGUCGUUUAUGUUAAUAAUACUAUAUCGUCAGCCACUAGUGUAUCUGUGUCAGGGUUCCUAAUUCUCUGCAGCGUUUGGAUUCUAAAAAUAAAUGUAGACACGUAGUAUAUUUAUAUUUGAUGCUGUUUUGAUGUAUUUGAAUUUGAAAUCUUUGUAGCUAGGGUCAAUUCGGUAAAUCAUUGUUGUGCUUUGUACUGUACUGGAUUCACUAUUACCGUAAAAUGUUAAUAAAUAAAAAUUAUUUACAGUAAUUUUUAAGGGUCUGUUUUAGAUGACCACUUAUGAAAUUAUACAAAAGUAGUAAAUACCCUCAAUAAGAUAUUUUUUGUAUCAGAGCAUUAAUUAGUGGCAUCUCUAACUUUGUACCUUUGAUCAUGAGCGUGGCCAGCUUUCGAUUUUGGAUCAAGACUUUGCACCAGCAUCUUGAUCGUCUCCAGGGGGUUUGAGCUUUGCUUUGAACUACUGAUUUGAGCUUGCCAAUUUAAGUUUAAUAUUGUAUAGGUCAUAAAAAAAUCAAAAGUAUUUUUUUAUUCUUUUGAAAUUUAUGGUGUGUCACCAACCUGGGGUAAACACCACACAACUCAGGGGUCAGCGCUUACAUGUACCCACCUUAGGGCUUAUUACCCCUACACCUUUGACCCUAGCUAUGUUCAAAACAGUGGACAUAACGAAUUUGUACUUACCGAAUUUAUAUUUAUUCCCAUUAAUGUUCAAGUUGUAGCUUUUAUUAAUUUAUUUAUGAAGUACUUACGUGUCACGAUUUAUCUGUUUGAAAAAGGAACGUUGCGAUUAUUUUUACUCUGUGAUCGAAUUUUGGUUAGCCAAAUAAAAAACAUUUUUCAAAAAAAUGUUGCCUUUAAGUAUGAAAUGUCGCUGCUGAUAUGUGAUAUUACUUAGUUAAGUUAUUUCUAAGUUAAAUGUAUAAUAGUAUUAAAUAUUUUGUAAAGAAAAAUCAAGUACAGUUAUCGCAGAUUA